AUGCCUUCUGCUUUAUCCAUAUCCUCCCAUGUUGUACACGGAUAUGUGGGCAACAGAGCCAUGGUGUUCCCCUUGCAAUAUGCGGGUUGGGAUGUCGAUGCGUUGAACACUACGAACUACUCAAAUCACCCUGGGUAUGGGAAAUUCAAGGGCACCAAAACCACACCAGAUCAAAUCUCAGAUCUCAUUGAAGGAUUAGAAGCAAUUCUAAACGUGAAAUCUGAUUACGAAUUGAUAAUAACUGGAUAUACGCCAUCUGAAGAUGCACUCAAAGUCAUUUUCGACAGAGUUAGUAGUAAUAUAUAUAGUUCAUCAUCAUCAUCAUCAUCUUCUUCUUCUUCGUUACCAUCCUCUUCUGUUCCACUUUGGAUUCUUGAUCCGGUUUUGGGAGACAAUGGAAAAUUGUAUGUUCUGGAAGGAUUAAUACCAAUUUACGAGACUAUAUUGAAAAGUGGAUAUGUUACUUUGAUUACCCCUAAUCAGUUUGAGUUUGAGACAUUAGUCGGCGUUAAAAUAGACUCUUCCCUUGAAUCUUUGAAGCUGGCUUUGGAAAAGUUCCACGAUAAGUUUCCCAAGAUUCCGAAUUUAGUAAUCUCAUCAGUAAGCAUCGGAGAUAAAAUGUACUCAGUUGGGUACAACAAGGGCAAGGCGUUUUACAUUGAAGUCGAAGAAAUUGAUUGCAGUUUCAGUGGAUGUGGAGACUUGUUUACCGCUUUGAUAUCCAUUGAAAUAUUCAAUGACAACCCAUCCCAUGAACUAACCCCCAAAGUGCUUGGAAACGUCUUGGUUAAGCUCAAUAAGAUAUUGCAACAUACAUUUGAGAGCGAAAAAGUAAAAAUGAAAGGCGCGCCGUUUACCAACGUCAAGGACUUAAGCUUAAUCUCGCUGAGACAUGUAUUGACUGAUAGAACGCUGCAUGAACAUGAAGUUGAAUAUUUAUAG